AUGGAGAGAAUAGUUCGUAUUUGUUUUGCAGAACGGUUUUUGCAGCUGCCUGGGGAGAGAUUGGGAGCAGAAAAUGGUCAACUUUAUGAAGUUCUGGAUUCUCGUUUUCUUUUCUCAUCAUGUUUGGUCCAGAUAUUGAAUUACAAGCGUUCACCGAAAGAUCACGAUCAUAAAUCCACUGCACUUGAAUCUCAUCAAAAUUCUAAAUUGGUUGAUAAUCAAGUUGCCAAUAGUGAGCAGGAGAAACAAUGUCAAACCUAUCUUCCCAUUUCUAGCAAUGGGGAAGGCAAAGGUCAUUCUGAUUCAACGAGGAGUUGCACCAAGGUUCAUAAGCAGGGUAUCGCCCUUGGAAGAUCUGUGGAUCUUGCCAAUUUCAACAACUACAACGAAUUGGUUGCUGCAUUAGACGAUCUCUUCAAAUGUAAUGGUGAACUGACUUCUCAGAAUAAGAAUUGGCUUGUGGUUUAUACUGAUGAUGAAGAUGAUAUGAUGCUUGUUGGAGAUGACCCAUGGGAUGAAUUCUGUCGCAUGGUUCGGAAGAUCUUAAUUUGUACGAAAGAAGAGGUCCAGCACAUGAACCCAGGGACGUUUAUUUCAAAUGGAGAGCAAUAUUCAUCAGUUCCGGAAGGCUUGGAUGCCAAUGAAGCGAGGGAUCUACCACAUCCUUCAACGUCAAGCCCAGAUGAUUGCUAAGUUGUCCACCUUUAUCUAGGUAGUUAUUUUAUAUAUUCAACUUUAAAAGAGCUACUAGGAAAAUGUAUCCUUGUACAAAUGUUAAUUUAUUCUCUUACCUGCUCCUGUUGUGCCCCAUUCUUUAAAUUUUUUUUGGGAAGUUUCAGAAGCGUGUAGAGAUAUGUAUGCAUGCCCAUCGGGGAAGGGCUUGGGGUCAUUUCUGAGAUUUGGAGUAAAAAUGGGAAAAUUGGAUUCUGCAUAUCUUUUGA